AUGGCCAGACUUCAUUCAACGCGUUUCGCGUCCCUCGCCGUGCUCGCACUGGUCUUGCUCGGGACUGCUGGAGGCUUUUCAGGUGGCGUAUUUGUGUCCGCCUCCGCGCCAAUCGUGCCUGGAAAAUGCAUCAAGUCAUCGCUCGCUGCCAGUGGAUACACGAAUGCGGUCACUCUCGCCAAAGGGCUAGUGCUCCACUGGAAGAACGUCAACCCAACCACCGUGAAUUUCGCGCUGGAGGCAAAAGCUGGGAUCAAAGCAAAGACGGGCUGGCUGUCCAUCGGAUUCUCCAAGGCAGGCAAGAUGAUGGGCUCAGAUGCGGUCAUCGGCAACCUGCCCGGCGCGAAGCCGAUCGAUGCGUAUUUCAUGAAAACCAUCGCGCUCGGCGAUGUGAAGCCGACGAAGGUGUUCAAGGUUACAAAUCCGCAGAUGGAUGUGAACGCCCAGCGAACCAUCAUGAAGUUUACCCGCUCCGGCGCUGCGGGUACCGUCCCCGUGAAGUAUGUCAACUUGGGUUGCAAGGUGUAA